AUAUAUAUAUAUAAGGGAUUCACCUCUAUUUCCUUAUUAAACGCACAAAUCCCAAUUUCCCUUCAUUUCAAGAGAAAUCGACGUCUCUUCUACACGGUUUCGCAUUCGCAUUCGCAUUCCUCUGGAUCCAGAGAUUCUCUUCUCUUUUACGGCGUCUACGUGGCGGGAUCUCACUGCACGCUUCCAUUUCCGUUCCCGUCAAUCUAGGCCUUCCGCUUUUCUCUCCUCCCGAGAUCUAAACAUAUUAUUAUUCAACCUCAUUCUUCGUUUUCGUUGCUAAUGGCCGAACUCGCAAAAUUCUGUCUCGCUCUGCUUUUGGCCUUCUCAUUGCUUGGAUUUUCUGUGCCCCAGCAGUCGCCGUACACCUCACCGAGUCCAGCGCCUGAACUUGGCGCCGACUCGUCUCCGCCGCCGCCACUUGUUCCGGUCGCUUCUCCGGCGAGUCCACCAUCGACAUCGUCUCCUCCGGCACUUUCGCCGGAGGAUCUCCCUCCAGGCUCCCCCCCGACGCCGUCGCCGUCACCGUCGACCUCGACGCAUCCGGGGCCGGCUCCUUCCGCCGUCAGCGACCUCGGUCACGUAUCGGCCGACGGCGGUGUACACGAAGGCAAUGGCUCGUCCGAGGGAAUGAGCGGGGCGAAGAAGGGCGGGAUCGCGAUCGGAGUGAUAUUGGCGGCCGGGCUGGUGGUAGUGGGAGGCUUCGUGUACAAGAAGCGCCGCGACAACAUUCGGCGAACUCAGUACGGGUACGCGGCGAGGAGAGAGAUUCUGUGAAGAGGCUGUCAUACAAAUUUUUUAUAAUCAAAUUGGUAUUGGUUUAUUAUUGUUAUUAUCUACAGUAGUAGUAGUAGUUGUUCUGUUUUUAAAUGCUUGGCAUCUUCAUGGUGGUGAUUAUUGGAAUUCUGAUUCUCGAUUCUUUUUGAA